UGUUAUGGCGGCACCGUGCUGGCUGUUUCGGAAUGCGCGCUAUGGUUUCGGACGUAUUAAAAGCACUCCUCCGCAGUUCAGGAUUACAGCGUCUGUUUUGAGGGCCAGCACAUCACCACCAAAGGAUUCUCCGAACAGUAUCGUCAAACCAUUAGCCAAAACAGGACUGUAUGUGUUUUCGAAGUUCAAGUUUUUUCUUGAAGGCUAUGACAAAAUCUUGCGGAAAUUCCCCGUCGCGUACCGGCUGCACCAAGUGUUCGUUGUCGGUACGAAGGACUUGUACCAGGAUGUUCGAACCUACAUGAAGAUAUCUCAGGACUUAAGGAGUGGGAAGUCUGUGAGAGAACUUUCCAGGAGAGAGCUCGAACUCUAUUACCGGGUACCCCGUGACAUACUCAAGAUGGCACCUAUAUUGACAAUAAUAUCGCUGCCUGGAACUAACUUCAUCAUGUUCCCUCUUAUCUACCUUUUUCCAGGACACCUGCUCACCUGGCAGUUCUGGAGCCUAGAACAGCGUAUUGACUUCGCAGUUGCACAACAGAAAAAAAAGGUGCACAAUUACCGCUAUGUCUUUCGUCACCUGCAAACCAAUGUUCCCAAGGGAGAGGAAGGGAAACCACUUCUCAGCGUAUUUCACAAGCUAGGAAGUGGCACCCAUCCAACAGUGGCUGAAAUCCUUGAUAUCAAGCAGUACUUUUCUUCGAAGCCUCUGUCCUUGUCAAGCCUGGGCAGAAACCACUUGGCCCUUGUUGCAGGUUGCACUUUGCAGGAUUCACGGAAAAAGUGCAUUUUUCCUUGGCCGGAAGCGCCGUCUCUGGAAACAUGGUGGGUUUGUCCGGGAGAUGGAUCUGGCUAUGGCACGAGAAGGGCUUGGUCAAAUGGAUCUGUCGGAGUUGCGAUGGGCAUGCUUCCUUCGAGGUUUCAACCCAAUGGGCUUGAGCAAACGAGACAUGGUGCAGUAUCUGCAAGACUGGAUAAACAUCUCAUCAAACAUAGAAGGUGACUGCAUCUCCUUGCUGCUACAUUGCCCCAUAUUGUUGGCUUACAAUGCACCAAGCAAUUGGAUUUUGAUCCACUAAUGGUGCAGCCACUGUUAAAGGGCUGCUAUGGUUUAGCCUAGUCAGAACAAAGGUAUAUCAAAAUAAAAAUGUUUUUUUUUUUUUCCUCUAGAGAUUAUUUAUGUACUAAUAAAUGAAUGCGUCUAUAA